GCCUGCGCGGCGGCUGCCCUGCAGGGAAACCCGUGGCGGCGCGACACGGCCGCCGCGCUCUCGGCUAGGGCGGGCGGUGGCUCGUCGGCAGGGGGUGGGGUCGUAUGGCGGCGCCCCGCCUCCUGGGCCGCGCCGCACGCCUGCUGCCGGCUGCCACAGCCCUGCCGCUGCUCCCGCGCCUCGCUUCCUCCUCCUCCUCUCGCCGCCGCCCGCCCGCCCGCCAUGCAGGCCUACCAAUACCCCGAGGUGUACCGCGACGAGACCGCCGUGUUGGAUUACCAUGGGUGUAAAAUAAGUGACCCAUACUGCUGGCUUGAAGACCCUGAUAGUGAACAGACGAAGGCGUUUGUGGAGGCUCAGAACAAGCUUACAGUACCCUUCCUUGAGCAAUGCCCUGUCAGAGGACUGUUCAAAGAACGAAUGACGGAACUCUACGACUAUCCAAAAUACAGUUGCCACUUCAAGAAAGGAAAAAGGUAUUUUCACUUUUACAAUACAGGACUGCAGAACCAGCGAGUAUUAUAUGUACAAGACUCCUUGGAUGCUGAUGCCAAAGUUUUUCUUGAUCCAAAUAAGCUUUCUGAUGAUGGCACUGUGGCUUUACGAGGUUAUGCAUUCAGUGAAGAUGGUGAAUAUUUUGCAUACGGCCUGAGUUCUAGUGGUUCUGAUUGGGUUACUAUUAAGUUUAUGAAAGUGGAAGGUCCUGAGGAUCUUCCAGAUACAUUGGAGAGAGUUAAAUUCAGUUGCAUGGCAUGGACCCAUGAUGGAAAAGGCAUGUUCUAUAACUGUUAUCCAAAACAAGAUGGGAAAAGUGAUGGUACUGAAACCUCCACUAAUCUCCACCAAAAGUUGCAUUACCAUGUAUUGGGAACCAACCAGUCAGAAGAUAUCCUAUGUGCUGAAUUUCCUGAUGAACCGAAAUGGAUGGGUGGAGCUGAGGUAUCAGAUGAUGGUCGAUAUGUCUUGCUGUCCAUCCGAGAAGGGUGUGAUCCAGUAAACAGGCUGUGGUACUGUGAUUUACAAGCAGAGUCUCAGGGUAUAUCAGGAAUUCUUCAAUGGGUGAAGCUGAUAGACAACUUUGAAGCUGAGUAUGAAUAUGUCACCAAUGAAGGAACAGUGUUCACUUUCAAGACAAACCGCCAUGCUCCAAAUUACCGGUUAAUCAACAUUGACUUCAGUGACCCAGAUGAAUCUAAAUGGAAAGUUCUCAUCCCUGAACAUGAAAGAGAUGUUCUAGAAUGGGUUGCUUGUGUGAGGUCCAGCUUCCUGGUUUUGUGCUAUCUGCAUGAUGUGAAGAAUGUCCUGCAACUUCAUGAUCUAGCUACCGGUGCACAUCUCAAGACUUUUCCGUUAGAGGUUGGCAGUAUUGUGGGAUAUAGUGGCCAAAAGAAGGACACAGAAAUAUUCUAUCAAUUUACUUCCUUUUUAUCUCCAGGUAUUAUAUAUCACUGUGAUCUUACCAAAGAGGAACUGGAGCCAAGAGUUUUCCGGGAGGUGACCGUGAAAGGAUUUGAUCCUUCAGUUUACCAGACGAUUCAGGUUUUCUACCCUAGCAAAGAUGGUACUAAGAUCCCAAUGUUUAUUAUUCACAAGAAAGGAAUUAAAUUGGACGGUUCUCAUCCUGCCUUCUUGUAUGGAUACGGAGGCUUCAACAUCUCAAUUACACCAAGCUACAGUGUAUCAAGGCUUAUUUUUGUGCGACACCUCGGGGGAGUUCUAGCAGUGGCUAACAUCAGGGGCGGUGGUGAAUAUGGAGAGACUUGGCACAAAGGUGGUAUCUUGGCCAACAAACAAAAUUGCUUUGAUGACUUCCAGUGUGCUGCCAAGUACCUUAUCAAAGAGGGCUACACAUCUCCAAAGAAGCUGACUAUUAAUGGAGGCUCAAAUGGGGGCCUCUUAGUGGCUGCCUGUGCUAAUCAGCGCCCUGACCUGUUUGGCUGUGCUAUCGCCCAAGUGGGAGUGAUGGAUAUGCUCAAGUUCCACAAGUACACGAUUGGUCAUGCUUGGACUACUGACUAUGGUUGCUCGGACUGUAAAGAGCAGUUUGAAUGGCUUUGCAAGUACUCUCCACUUCACAAUAUCAAACUACCAGAAGAAGAUGGCAUCCAGUAUCCCUCUAUGCUGCUUCUCACAGCAGACCAUGAUGAUCGUGUGGUCCCUCUUCAUUCACUGAAGUUUAUUGCUACUCUGCAAUAUGUUGUGGGCCGAAGCCGUAAACAAACCAAUCCACUUCUCAUCCAUGUUGACACCAAGGCUGGGCAUGGAGCAGGAAAGCCAACUGCUAAAGUUAUAGAAGAGGUGUCAGAUAUGUUUGCUUUUGUAGCACGAUGCCUAAAUCUUGAUUGGAUUGAAUAGGCAAAAUUCUUGUUACAGUCUCUUUUAGAAAACAAGGGCUUUAACACCAUUUAAGACCAACCAGACUACUACUUGGUGUAGUACUUACAUUUAAGAACUGCAGUUUAAUAUUUUAUUGAUCCAACCUGCUAUGGAGUUUUGAUCUUCUGUGCUUCCCUCUUUUUAGCAUUUCUUUGAAUUUCUUUUCUACUGCGUUCCAACAUACAUUUUAAAUAGCAUGUUCAAAUAAAUAGCUAAGCUACUGUCAGUACUGUUGUGAACAUUUAGAUUCCAGAGUUUAGCGCUAGUUGGGCUUAUUUCAUGUAAGCAAUUUUAAUGUAUUUUGCACCUAUAAACAUAUCCAGACCAUCUGUAAUUAAAUGUAAGUACUGUCCACAUACUCUGAGCAUACUUUAUUUACACAGUAAUUUAUUUAAGAAUGUAAAUUGAAAAGGUUCAGUAAUAACCAUGAAAUACUGAAGAGCAGGUAAUCUGAGUAAUUAAGUCAAAUAUUAUUAAAAAGUUUAUAUUUCAUGUUGUUCAUGACAGUAUAUUACAGUCUGUAAUAAUGAUGUUGCUAAAUUGUUUUUUCUUUCCGAAGAGGCUUCCAAGUGUCACCAGUUUUCUCUUCCCUCAUUUAUUUCCACAUAGAAUAGAAAAUUGGAGACUGGAAAACUUGAAAAAUUCUUUGAAUCUCACUGUAAUCUUUUUCCAAUUACACAGGUACUCUUAACACUGUUGCCUGUCUGCUGUUAGCUCUUUAACUGUUUCUAACAGCAGACCAGACACAGGUUAAAAUAAAAAAAAAAAACUGUCCAGAUUGUUCAAAUUCAUUUUUUCCUGAUGCUUUUGACAGAGUGUUCUCUAACAAGCCAAAAUCUGAACAUAUAUAUGAUCUAGUUCUGGCUGCAGAACAAGAGCACAUAGUCAGAUUCCGUAAUGAUUUCACAAACACACAGGAUUUGAACUGCCAUUUCAUAUCUUUCUCAUCUAGGCUGUAAAGCUAUUAAGUAGAUGUGAAUAUUUGCUUGUAAACUGUCUAAACUCCAGUGCAGUGCUGCAAUUAGCUUUUGAUUUUGCAGAGUAAAAAGAUAUUCUACCAAUUGUUAUCAGUCCUAUUGCCCCUCCAGAAAACACUGCCAUUUCUCAGUUUUGGAUAACCUAUUAGUAUACUUUUCCAGAAUCACGCUUGUCAUAUUCAUACUCAGACCCUAAGGCUGUAUUUUACUCUGAGCUCAGAGUUUUAUAUUUAAGCAAGCAAUAUCUCAGCCUGGGAAGAGGAGGAAGUGGUGUCUAAAAGAGGAACCAGGCUGCUGUUUAUUUGUACCAGAUUUACAUUAUGUUUCUUUCACACUCUGGGGCUUUUGCUGAUUCCUUCUGCAAUCCGGGAAUAAUCAUUCCUCCCAGCACCUUGUAAUCCAUAAUUUGAUUUCAGGCAAAAAACAAGGAUUUCUGCUUUCCUAUGAAAUAUCAGAGGGUACCAUACCUAAACCCUGGAUGUGGUCUGGGGUGGGUUUGUAUAUCAUUAUUGUUUCUUUCAGGCAUUACAGUUUCUUUCAGGUACUUUAUGGACUGAUGUGCUCUAUCACAGCAUUGAAUUAGACAGUCAGAGAAAAUGGGUUCAGGUUCUGCCCCCACUCCUUAGUUCAAGGGUUGUGAACUGUUUUCCGAGACAUCUGGGAAGUUUCAACAGCUGCCAUGCAAUGGCCGAAACAAAGCACGCAAACCAUCUUUGCUUGUAGUCUCACAGUUGCCGCAUCUGGCCUUUUAUUGAAUGCUGUAAUAUCAUUAGAGGGCAGUAAUAGGAGCUUUGCAGGUUAGCGUGUGUGGAAAACCCAUUCUUUGGACCUCUGUGAAACAGGCAUGAAUUGUAUCUGUGCCUUGGAUUGCAGAGGCUGGGAUGCAGCCUCCUCAGUCAUCUCUUCAUGUCUUUGUCCCUAAAAAUGCUUUUUGUUGUUCUCCAGCUGCUCAAACGCAAUGCUUCUGCCACAGGAUAAAAAUAAUUCACUUUUUUCCUGACAUUUUCUGCUGAGCUGAGCUCCCUGGAUAACUUAAUAUCAAGUCAGAUGACCAAUAGUGUGGGGAGUUUGAAAACAUUUCUGCUUAAGUGGCAAUCAAAAGUAGUGAAGGUGGAGCUAGUUUGCUGAAGACACUACUCACAAAAUAAGAAGAGUUCAAGAGUAUCCUUGUAAAAAGCUGGUAUCUCAAUGAGAAAGGCAUUUUGUUUCCAUAACAAGGUCUUAAUUUUUACUUUUAAUUGAUCUUCACCAGGUAUGCCAAGUAGGGGAUUCAGGUGCCCAAAAAGGAUGCUGUAGAGCUGUCCUGUUAGCUGAAUUGCUUCUUUCAGUACAGAAAGGGUCAUGGCUCCAAAUAGAAUCCGUAAUUAACUCAGAGCAAGUAAUGCUCUUGCAAUAUAGUGAGAUUUAAACUUUCAGGGUUUGGAUUAAGUAUACUUGGAACCGCCAUUCCUGUUCUAUAAAGCCAUAAUGAAAUCUCAGUUAAUCCGAUUUCAAGGUUAACUUCUUUUCUCUAUAGUGGAAAUGCUACUUCAUGGAAAGGCUCUGUAUUUUGUGCCUUUUAUUUCCAGUGCGUGAAGCAGAAUUCACUAGGUGGAUACAGGGCAAGGUAACCUCCUCACAACUACUUUUUCAAAAAUCAUGUUUCUUACAAAAAUUGAUGCCAAUGUUUUGUGCCAAGACCAAAAGCAGAAAAAUCUUUAAAGUCAUAUAGGAAGCUUAUGUUACAUGAAUCAAAAUCUGUUUUUAAGUGGAAAUAAAAGAAUAAAUUUCUA